CUUUUGAUCGACGAUUACUAUUACAGCUGUUUUGCAAUCAAAUUCAAAGUUUCUUAUAUAUUAAACGCAAAUGUCACAGCAAUUCAUACAACGGAGCCAUUCAUAGAAGACGUGCGAUGGGGUUGUGAGCGGAUGGCGGGGCGAACACAACGAUAUGGUAGUCGGGGUGUGUGUGAGUUGGGGGCAAAGGCGGCGUUGAAUGGGAACGUUGUCUAUGGUGUGGACACAAUAAUCGAGUCAUCAGUUGAUAUGCGAUUGAAAACAAGUGUCACAAACAGUGGAGGAAUAAUAGGAACCGAAGGAAACAUGUCUUUAAACUCAGAGAUUAUUCGCUACGAAGAAGUGAACGAACGAUCGGGCGAUGAGUUUGACCACAAUUGGCGACAAUCGCCGCCACAGACGGCCCACGACUGGGAGGCCUAUCGGAUGGCCAAUGUCUUCGACGACGGAACUCAAACAUACUUCUGGAGAGCCCAUACGCUGACAGUACUGUUUCUGAUGACAUGUGCCCUCAUAUAUGUGGCUAUUUUUGAGCCCAUCUCUAAUGAUACCAAUUAUAAUAUAAAACGGAGAGCCCAUACGCUGACAGUACUGUUUCUGAUGACAUGUGCCCUCAUAUAUGUGGCUAUUUUUGAGCCCAUCUCUAAUGAUACCAAUUAUAAUAUAAAACGAGGUAUAAUCGCUUGUGCGCUGACAUUCAUAUUGGUUGGUGUGACACAAAUACCCGACGGCCCGUUCCGUCGCCCACAUCCAGCUCUUUGGAGAUUUGUGUUCAGCGUUUCGGUUGUCUAUGAAAUGGCGCUAAUAUUCCUAUUAUUUCAGACACCAAACGACGCGCGAAAGCUAUUAAAACAUAUCGACACUAAUUUGGGGAAACCAUUAGUGGAGAGAGAUUACGGCGGGAACUGUAAACUAUACGAUCCCGACGUUCCCAACGAUCCCUUCCAUAAUAUUUGGGAUAAGUUUGAUCUGUUUAUUCCCUCGCAUUUCUUCGGCUGGUGGCUGAAGACCAUUUUGAUUAGGGACUGGUGGCUGUGUAUUGUUAAUAGCAUUAUGUUUGAACUGUUGGAAUACACAUUAGAGCAUCAAUUGCCCAACUUUUCUGAGUGCUGGUGGGAUCACUGGAUUUUAGACGCUUUGAUAUGCAAUGGAUUUGGCAUAUAUUGCGGAAUGAAAACACUCACUUACCUAUCAAUGAAACCAUACAAUUGGCGCGGACUCUGGGAUAUACCCACAUAUAGGGGUAAAUUGAAACGAAUUGUGGCUCAAUUCGGACCACACGGUUGGAUUCAAUUUGAUUGGAGGCCCACUUCCAGUCUCGACCGGUGGAUAUCCGUCCUUCUCAUCGCAUUUGUUACUUUGGUCGCAGAAUUGAAUACAUUUUAUCUGAAGUUUGUGUUAUGGUUAGAACCGGCGCAUUAUCUCAAUUCAGUUCGACUCGUUUUGUUGCUCUUUGUGGGCGCCGUUUGUUUGAGAGAAACGUUUCAAUACUUAGAUGACCCUGAUUGUAAGAAAUUUGGUCGUCAAUCGUGGGUAAUCUUAACCAUAGUAACCACAGAGUUCUUAAUAAUUGCUAAAUUCGAUUGGCAAACAAUCACUAAACCUGUGCCCAAACAUGUCAUGUGGUUUUGGAUCGGCGGCGCUCUCCUGUUAUUCUUGUGGACGAUUUGGAACUUUUUCCUCCGACGGGUGACUAAAAUAUUAUAUAAAAACACUGAUAAUAACACAACCGAUGAGUUAACACAUAAUCGAAAUAACGGCAAGAAUGCAAUCAAACACACAAACGGUUCCUUCGGAGGGAAACACAAAAAUAGCAAUCAAUUAAAUAACAAAAAGAAGAAAUAGUUUUAAAGUUUAUUUGAAAGUAAUUUUAAUUUAAAAACUCAAAGCCUUUGAAAUUUAUAUUUGACUUUUUAUACCGACAAUAAUUGUUACAAAUUUACCACAAUUUGUUGUGAUUUUGCAAUCGAUUAGAUAUAUAAAUAUUUAUAUAUAUUCAGUAUUAGUGAUACAAAUUGAUCGAUAGGUCUACCCGUCCGCCACUUUUGUGCCCAAAAACUCUAUUUAAGAUAGACAUCGAAAAUAAUCAUUUGUAUCGCCGAUACGAUUCUCAACACCUUUUUCUACACUUUUCUAGAUUUAGUGUAAUUUUUUAUACAAAUAAUAUAUUUUUCAUAAACACAAUGAAUAUAUUAUUUUAAGGAUAUAAUCAAAACAUUGCAAUCAUAUUAAUUCAGA